CCGGUACCGGUCCCGCAAGCGGAGGACUUGGAGAGCCGGUAAUUUGCACGUGACCGAUGAUGUCAUGUUCAUUAGUAGCGACGAAUGGCGGGAAGUCCAACUGAUUCCGCGUUUUCUGUUGGGAAAAGAUUCAAGUCAUUCGCCGACCUACAAGAGCGACUGUCGGCGUAUGAGUCAUCAACAUACACAAAAUUAUGGCGGAGAGACUCGAGAAGUGUUGAGGCUGCCCGGAAGCGAAUCAAUCGUCCCCUUUCUGAAGCAAUCACAUACUACGAGGUGACGUAUAGCUGCAUUCACGGAGGGAAAAAAUUCGCUGCCCGUGGUGAAGGAAAGCGGUCUACAUCGACUUUUAGGAAAGAAUGCCCAUUUGAAUUGUCCCUAAGAGUUUCUGAAGAUGGUCAAUCACUAGUUGUGCGAAGAUUUAAAGAGAGCCAUAAUCAUGAAAUAUCAAGAGAACUAUUCAAACAACUGCCUAGUCAGAGAAAGCUACCAUUAGAAGCAAAGGAAGAAGCUGAAAAGCUAAUAGAACUAAAAGCAAAUAAAAAAAUGAUUCAGAACAAGCUGGCAGAAAUGACAGGAAACGUAGUGCUGCUAAAAGACUUGAGCAAUAUCAGUACUGGUAUGAGAGCAGGAAAGACAAGAAACGAUUUAAAUACAGCUGUAAAGCAACUGACAGACAAAUACGGAGCUAGUGUGAAUGUUGUCGUCAGUGACAAUAACGUGUUGCAAGGCAUCUUCUUUCAGGAAGAGAAGAUGAAGCAGGCGUUUUCAGCAUACCCGGAACUACUAUGUAUUGAUGCGACUUACAAGCUGCUGGAAUUGAGAUUUCCUCUCUAUAUCAUGCUUAUAGAAGAUGGCAAUGGCCAUUCUGAAGUGGCUGCUGCAUUCUUGUUAUUAGAAGAAUCCAAGGCAUCAAUUACAUGUGUAGCAAAUAUUUUCAAAGAAAACAAUCCUGAAUGGUCGUCUGUAAGAGUGAUAAUGGCUGAUAAAGACAUGACAGAGAGAGAUGUUCUUGCUGCCAGUUUCCCUUCUGCUGCUAUUUUGAUAUGCUUAUACCACACAUUGCGAUCGUUUCGAAGAGAGAUAACGAUGGAGAAGAUGGGCAUUAUCUCUGGCCAGCGAAGCACAUGCCUUGAAAUGGUACAGCAAAUGGCCUAUGCUCCAAGUGAAAAAAAGUACCUGGAUCUGUAUAGGCAGUUUCAAAAUUGUGCUCCUCCGAUUGUGUUGAAGUAUUUUGAUAAUCAGUGGCACCCUAUUAGGAAGCAGUGGACGAUGGGGAUGAAGUAUAGCACAGGGAAUUUCCUCAACAACACCAACAAUAGAUUGGAGUCCCUGAAUGCAAAGUUAAAAUCAGUAAUUUCCCGGUACUCAUCACUAGAAACAUUUGUUGACAAGUUCUUUCUUAUUUUACGAGUGCUUCGAUCAGAACGAGACUAUCAAGCAAGCCUGUCUACUCUCAAAGUCCCUGUAACAUACCAUUCUAUCACUGAUGCAGCAUUGAUUAACUAUAUGAAGUAUCUUACACCUUAUGCCUACAGAUUUGUUGCCAAACAGAUGGAUAUGAAGACAAAGGUACAGCUCGCAAAUGAUGGCAACCAACAUUACCAUGUUGCAUACAACGAUAGUUCAAUAGUAGUCACCCCCGCAACAUGCCAGUGCAUGACUUGGCAGUCAAUGAGGUUGCCUUGUCGUCACAUACUGGCAGCUCGAUCUGAUCUCGGAUUGAACAUGUUCACUGAAGAACUUUGUGACAGAAGAUGGUCUUUAGAUUACUACAAAUCUAACCACAGAGCAUUUUCACCUAUUGCUCAUCACAGCAACCAUCGUUAGCUUUGAAACACCAUCAAGAAAAGUACACUCUCAGUUUGAAAAAUUCCAUCAGGCUUCAAAGAUUGCUACCAAACUUGCUAGUUUAGCUUCAGAAGCAUCAGGAGUCAAUUUCACCAGCAGAUUGAAUGUAAUGAAAGAGUUGGUUUCUGCUUGGGAAAAUGGACAAGAAGUGGAACUGAUCAGUGGUAAGAGUC